AUGGCCACGCUCCCGCGCGCGGCGCCGCCCACGCCCGCCGCGCUGCUCCCGCUGCCCCGCGCCGCGCCGCCGCUGCUGCUCGCCGGGAGGGCCGCCGCCGCGCGCCUCUCGCGGCUGCGCGCGUGGGGCCCGUCCGCGGCGGCGUGCCGGAGCUGGGUCGUCGCCUCCUCCUCCUCCUCCUCACGGGCCGUGCUCGGCGGCGUCGCCCGCCGGGAGGCCCCAGCCGCGCCGCAGAAGCCCACGCAGCAGGCUGCGGACCUGAACCAUAUCUUGUCUGAACGCGGAGCUUGUGGUGUUGGGUUCGUCGCAAACUUGAAAAAUGUGCCUUCGUUCAACAUUGUUUGUGAUGCUCUUUUGGCUCUUGGGUGCAUGGAGCAUCGUGGUGGUUGUGGAGCGGACAAUGACUCUGGUGAUGGCGCAGGACUGAUGAGUGCCAUCCCAUGGGACUUGUUUGAUGACUGGGCCAACAAGCAAGGGCUUGCUCCCUUUGACAGAAGAAAUACAGGUGUAGGCAUGGUCUUCCUUCCACAAGAUGAGAAGUCAAUAGAAGAAGCCAAAGCUGCAACUGAAAAGGUUUUUGUGGAUGAAGGCCUUGAGGUUAUUGGUUGGAGACCUGUUCCUUUUAAUGUAUCAGUUGUAGGUCGCAAUGCAAAAGAAACCAUGCCUAAUAUACAACAAAUAUUUGUGAAAGUUGCAAAAGAAGAUAAUGCUGAUGACAUAGAGAGAGAACUAUACAUCAGCCGAAAGCUGAUAGAGCGGGCUGCAAAAUCUUUUAGUUGGGCAGAUGAACUUUAUUUCUGCUCUUUAUCGAACAGAACUAUUGUCUACAAGGGAAUGCUUCGAUCUGAGGUUCUUGGGCAAUUCUAUUUAGACCUUCAGAAUGAACUAUAUAAAUCUCCUUUUGCCAUAUAUCAUCGAAGAUACAGUACAAAUACAAGUCCUCGAUGGCCUCUUGCUCAACCUAUGAGGUUAAUUGGACACAACGGAGAGAUUAACACAAUACAGGGGAACUUGAACUGGAUGCGAUCAAGGGAAACCACACUACAGUCUCCUGUAUGGCGAGGCCGUGAGCAUGAAAUUCGCCCGAUUGGUGACCCUAAAGCAUCUGAUUCAGCAAAUCUUGACAGUACAGCUGAAUUGCUGCUAAGAAGUGGUAGAAGUCCUGCAGAAGCUCUUAUGAUUCUCGUCCCUGAGGCAUAUAAGAACCAUCCAACAUUAUCUAUAAAAUACCCUGAGGUAAUUAACUUUUAUGACUACUACAAAGGACAAAUGGAAGCUUGGGAUGGACCUGCUUUACUCCUAUUUAGUGAUGGAAGAACUGUAGGAGCAACUCUUGAUAGGAAUGGGCUCCGUCCAGCACGCUAUUGGAGAACAUCAGAUGACUUUGUUUAUGUUGCAUCUGAGGUUGGCGUUAUACCAAUGGAUGAGUCAAAGGUAGUAAUGAAAGGACGAUUAGGUCCUGGAAUGAUGAUAACUGUUGACCUACAGACUGGACAGGUGCUUGAAAAUACAGAAGUAAAGAAAACUGUGGCUUUAGCGAGCCCCUAUGGAACUUGGUUGCAAGAACGCACACGUUCGAUAAAGCCUGUCAACUUCCUCUCUUCAACUAUCAUGGACAAUGAGACUGUUUUGAGACAUCAACAGGCAUUUGGCUAUUCAAGUGAAGAUGUGCAAAUGGUGAUUGAAUCAAUGGCUUCACAAGGAAAGGAACCAACAUUUUGUAUGGGCGAUGACAUUCCGUUAGCUGUGUUAUCACAAAGACCACACUUGUUAUAUGAUUAUUUCAAGCAGCGGUUUGCGCAGGUUACAAAUCCUGCAAUUGAUCCCCUCAGAGAAGGUUUAGUUAUGUCUCUUGAGGUUAAUAUUGGGAAAAGAGGCAACAUCUUGGAGGUCGGCCCUGAAAAUGCUGAUCAGGUUGCGCUAUCAAGCCCUGUGCUGAAUGAAGGUGAACUAGAAACUCUAUUGAAGGACCCAAAACUGAAGCCCAAAGUACUGUCAACAUACUUUGAUAUUCGUAAAGGUCUAGAUGGUUCACUUGAUAAGACAAUUCAGGCUCUUUGUGAAGAAGCUGACGCUGCUGUGCGGAGUGGCUCUCAACUUCUUGUUCUUUCUGAUCGUUCUGAAGCACCUGAACCAACUCGUCCUGCCAUACCAAUACUUCUAGCUGUUGGUGCCAUCCACCAGCAUUUGAUUCAGAAUGGUCUCCGAAUGUCUGCUUCUAUUGUUGCUGAUACUGCUCAGUGCUUUAGCACACAUCACUUUGCCUGUCUGAUCGGAUAUGGUGCCAGUGCUGUGUGUCCUUAUCUGGCACUAGAAACAUGCCGGCAAUGGAGGCUGAGCAACAAAACUGUUAAUUUGAUGCGGAAUGGGAAGAUGCCCACAGUGACCAUCGAGCAGGCACAAAGAAACUUUACCAAGGCAGUAAAAUCAGGUCUGCUCAAAAUUCUUUCAAAAAUGGGUAUCUCACUGCUCUCAAGCUAUUGUGGAGCUCAGAUCUUUGAAAUUUAUGGUCUUGGUCAAGAAGUUGUUGAUCUUGCCUUCUGUGGAAGUGUAUCGAAAAUUGGAGGUCUCACACUUGACGAGCUGGGUAGAGAGACCUUAUCAUUCUGGGUGAAGGCAUUCUCUGAAGAUACUGCAAAGAGGCUAGAAAACUUUGGAUUUAUCCAAUCCAGACCUGGAGGUGAAUACCAUGCGAAUAAUCCUGAGAUGACCAAGCUGCUGCACAAAGCAAUUCGUGAGAAAAGAGAUAAUGCGUACACUGUCUACCAACAACAUCUUGCAAGCCGUCCUGUCAAUGUUCUUCGAGAUCUUCUUGAAUUGAAAAGUGAUCGUGCACCUAUUCCUAUUGGCAAAGUGGAGCCUGCAACCUCCAUUGUUGAACGUUUUUGUACUGGUGGAAUGUCCCUAGGAGCCAUUUCAAGGGAAACACAUGAAGCUAUUGCAAUUGCAAUGAAUAGAAUAGGUGGAAAAUCUAACUCAGGAGAAGGUGGUGAGGAUCCAAUCCGUUGGAAUCCCCUCACAGAUGUUGUAGAUGGUUAUUCUCCAACACUUCCUCAUCUCAAAGGUCUUCAGAAUGGUGACACAGCCACAAGUGCCAUUAAGCAGGUUGCAUCUGGGCGUUUUGGAGUUACACCAACAUUUUUAGUAAAUGCUGACCAAAUUGAGAUAAAGAUUGCGCAAGGUGCAAAGCCUGGUGAGGGGGGUCAACUUCCUGGGAAAAAAGUCAGUGCAUACAUUGCUCGUCUGAGGAACUCCAAACCUGGAGUUCCUCUAAUCUCCCCGCCUCCACACCAUGACAUUUAUUCUAUCGAGGAUCUUGCACAGUUGAUUUAUGACCUCCAUCAGAUCAAUCCUAAAGCUAAAGUGUCCGUAAAGCUUGUGUCUGAAGCUGGGAUUGGAACUGUAGCUUCUGGAGUUUCGAAGGGAAAUGCAGACAUAAUUCAGAUAUCAGGUCAUGAUGGUGGUACCGGAGCUAGCCCAAUCAGCUCCAUCAAACAUGCUGGGGGUCCUUGGGAACUUGGUCUUACAGAAACAAAUCAGACACUUAUACAAAAUGGAUUGAGAGAGAGGGUAGUACUUAGGGUGGAUGGUGGAUUCAGGAGUGGUCAAGAUGUUCUUAUGGCUGCUGCUAUGGGGGCUGAUGAAUAUGGCUUUGGUUCUGUAGCUAUGAUAGCUACUGGGUGUGUCAUGGCACGCAUUUGCCACACAAAUAAUUGCCCAGUUGGAGUGGCUAGUCAGAGAGAAGAGCUUCGUGCAAGGUUUCCUGGUGUUCCUGGUGAUCUUGUUAACUACUUCCUCUUUGUUGCUGAGGAGGUUCGAGCUGCAUUAGCUCAGUUGGGUUAUGAGAAGCUGGAUGACAUCAUUGGGCGAACAGAUUUGCUUAAACCAAAGCAUGUCUCGUUGGUGAAAACACAGCACAUCGAUCUUGGAUACCUCUUAUCAAAUGCUGGAUUGCCCGAAUGGAGCAGCUCCCAGAUUAGGAGCCAGGACGUCCACACUAAUGGCCCUGUUCUUGAUGAGACAAUCCUUGCAGAUCCUGAGAUAGCUGAUGCGAUUGAGAAUGAGAAGGAAGUUUCCAAGGCGUUUCAAAUCUAUAAUGUCGAUAGAGCUGUCUGUGGUCGGGUAGCAGGUGUGAUUGCCAAGAAGUAUGGAGACAGAGGUUUUGCAGGCCAUCUCAACAUCACGUUCAAUGGAAGUGCAGGGCAGUCCUUUGGUUGUUUCCUGACUCCUGGAAUGAACAUUCGGCUAGUUGGAGAGGCCAAUGAUUAUGUUGGAAAGGGUAUGGCUGGUGGAGAACUGGUGGUAGUUCCUGUAGACAAAACAGGAUUUGUUCCUGAGGAUGCUGCUAUAGUUGGAAACACUUGUCUGUAUGGAGCUACAGGUGGUCAGGUAUUUGUGAGAGGCAAGGCAGGAGAAAGAUUUGCAGUUAGAAACUCUCUAUGUCAGGCAGUGGUUGAGGGCACCGGAGAUCAUUGCUGUGAGUACAUGACUGGUGGUUGCGUAGUUGUACUUGGCAAGGCUGGGAGGAAUGUUGCAGCUGGAAUGACUGGUGGCCUUGCCUACAUUCUAGAUGAGGAUGAUACACUUCUCCCAAAGGUUAACAAGGAAAUCGUCAAGAUGCAGAGAGUGAAUGCUCCAGCUGGGCAGAUGCAGCUAAAGAGCUUGAUUGAGGCCUAUGUUGAAAAAACGGGCAGCGAGAAAGGAGCCACGAUUUUGAGGGAAUGGGAGGCAUAUUUGCCGCUCUUCUGGCAACUGGUACCGCCCAGUGAAGAAGACUCGCCUGAGGCUUGUGCAGAGUUUGAGAGAGUACUCGCCAAGCAAGCAACCACCCAGCUGUCUGCGAAGUGA